AUGGCCAUCACAUCCCCUAUAGUGAUUGCCUUCGCUGUAGUCUUAUUGACACUUUUUUAUGUGAGCGGAAAAAAAAAUCAUAAGAAAAAUGGAGGAGUCAGAUCGCUCCUCAAACUGCCCCUCAUCGGCGAUCUGCAUAGCUCGUCCAUCGAAAGACCCCUGGAGAACUGGGACGCCUGGGCCAAAGAAAAUGGCCCAAUUGCAGUUCCUCAACUAUUUGGACUCAUUCCAAUCGUCGUUUUGAACUCACUCGAGGCAGUGACAGAACUAUUCAGUCAUCGCAGACAAUGGUACAGCAAUCGACCCGCAUCGGUGAGCAUGGAGAUGAUCACAAAUGCCGAACCAGGACGAUCCAGAUUCACUUUGAUGCACGACUACGAUGAUCAUCUCAAAAGGCACCACCGCAUUCUGGCUCCCAGCCUAGGUCUCCCGGCAGCCCGGAAGUACCAGCCGUUGAUGGAGCUUGAAUCUAAGCAUUUAGUGUUCGAUCUCUGCAACGCUGCAACAAAGUGCCCGGAGGGAAUCAGCACCGAAACUGUAUACCCGCUUCUAGAGCGGACCCAAUCUAGCGUCAUCCUGUCCCUGCAUUAUGGACUCCCUAUUCCGCAAUUUGAAGACGAGAUCCUACACGAAGUCAUCAAUAUUCAAACGAAAGUCACUCAUCUUGCCGCCAACCCAGGUCUACCGGAUAUAAUUCCGCCCCUCCGCCACCUGCCCGCAUUCAUAUCGCCCUGGAAGCGCUCAGCUGGCAAGCUCUAUGCCACGCAAGUAGACUUGUACAUGCGUCUCUUUGAGCACGGCAAAAGCUCGGCAUGCUGGAACGCAACAAACCAAGCACUCGCCACAGCAGAGAAGAAGAAGUAUCCUGCAGAGGACAUGCGAGAUCUCGAUAUCGCGUUCACGCUCGCGACAUCCAUUCAAGGUGGCAUGGAGACGUCCCCACGUCAGCUAUUGUGGCUUUUUAUUGCGGCUUUACACAGCCCUUCCUUCAUAAAAAAGGCACAAGCUGUUCUCGAUGACGUCGUCGGUCGCGAGCGACUUCCUCGGUUCUCGGACCGAGGAAACUUGGCAUUCAUCGAUGCUGUCGCGUGUGAACUUUUCCGGUGGAGGCCUAUUUCACCGGGCUCCAUCCCGCGUCGAGCAGAGAAGGACGACGAGUUCAAUGAUGUGAAAAUUAAGAAGGGUUGGACUGUCAUGGCAAACGCGUGGGCUAUUGGCCGCGACAAACAAGUGUUUGAUCAAGAACUGGGCAACGUGCAGGACUUCGUGCCGGAGAGAUGGCUGCGGGAGGAGAGCGGAGAGGUGAAGCUGCGGACUGAUCUUCCACUACCGGUGUUUGGACAAGGUAACCGUGUUUGUCAAGGGAAAAAAGUUGCCACGGAUGGGACAUUUAUGCAGGUUGCUUGUUUGCUGUGGGCGUUUGAUAUUGAGCCUGUUGAGGGGGAAGUGGUGGAUCCGUGGGCGAUGGUUGUUGCGGGUUUCAUGACGAUGCCGAGGGAGAUUAAAUUUAAGCUUAAGCCGCGAGGCGACUGGGUUAAGAAUGUUAUCCAAAGAGAAUGGGAGUCAGCGGAAAAGAGUCUAGAAAAGGUAAUGGGUGCAGCAAAUGACGUUGACAAGGAAUAA